GGCAGUGGCAGAGGUGAGCCGCCGCUGCUGUUCACUCGGCUCCCUGCUCCGCUCCGACGGAUUAUCCAGCUCGGUAACAUUAGCUCGCCCGGCUAACGGUGAAGACAGCGACCCCGAGAAGAGCCAUGAAAAGCCGCCGGAGCCAGAGAAAGUUAGUCACGGCUUAACCUCGGGACUUUAAUGUACGGAAACACACCAAAAAGACGGUUCGCGGGUCAUGCCGUCGCCCUCCAGGGGAACUUUUCUCUGAGAUUUCCACUUGGGAAAGGCUAGCUUAGGGGCUAGCGAGGCUACAAACUAUUUUUAAUUGGCUUUGGGCUCAAUGGCUCUCACUUGUUUUUCCCUGUCAUAGCGACAGCUUGGGAAAAUUGAGACGGAGAGAGGCCCUGUGAACUUCAUGACAAACCAAAGCCCGGCUUUGAAGCGUAACUUCGGGAAGAGUCGACUGGCAAAGGACCGAAAAUGAAGAAGCAGUUCAAUCGGAUGAAACAGCUCGCCAAUCAAACAGUUGGCAGAGCGGAGAAAACAGAAGUUCUCAGCGAUGACCUCCUGCAGAUCGAACGGCGCAUGGAGCUGGUGCGGGUGGUGUCCCACAACACACACAAGAGGAUGGUCUCUUGUCUACAGGGACACAUCGGCGCAGAUGCGGAGAAGAGACAUAAAAAGCUUCCUCUGACGGCGCUAUCGCAGGCUAUGGUGGAGGGAGGAAACCAGUUGGGAGAAGACUCCUUAAUAGGGAAGAUGAUGGAAGUGUGCGGAGAGGCGGAGAAUCGGCUGGCAUCGGAGCUGAUGCAACACGAGCUUCAGAUAGAGAAGGACGUUCUGGAUCCCCUCAGCCAGCUAGCAGAGGUGGACAUCCCCAACAUCCUGAAGCAGAGGAAACAGCUGGCCAAACUGGUGCUGGAUUACGAUUCUGCCAGAGCAAGAUGGUUGCAGGCAACCAAGUCAAUAAUCUCAGGAACAAACACUCAAGCACUGACGGCCAAAGCUGACCUACUGAAGGAGGAGAUGGAUGAAGCAAUGAACAAAGUGGAGCUUUGCAAGGACCAGCUUUCUGCAGACAUGUACAGUUUCUUCUCAAAAGAAGGAGAGUACGCCCGCUACUUUGUAACGCUCCUAGAAGCUCAGGCUGAUUACCACAGAAAGUCUCUCACUCUCCUGGAGGGUGUCUUGCCAACCAUCCAGACUCAGCAAGACUCUUGGACGGAGAAGCCGGCGUUUGGCACGGCGCUGGAUGAACACCUGAAAAGGAGCGGAAGGGAGAUCGCUCUGCCCUUAGAAGCCUGCAUCAUGAUGCUUCUAGAGACGGGCAUGAAGGAAGAGGGUCUGUUCAGAAUCGCAGCAGGAGCAUCCAAACUAAAGAAGCUGAAGGCGGCGCUGGACUGUUCCACAUCACAACUGGAGGAGUUUUAUUCCGACCCCCACGCUGUUGCUGGAGCACUGAAAUCGUACCUGAGAGAACUCCCCGAACCCCUAAUGACCCACCAGCUUUAUGACGAGUGGAACCAGGCAUCCAGCGUGUCGGACCCUGACACGAGGCUCCAGGCGCUCUGGGUCGUGUGUGAUAAGCUACCAAAGAAUAACAAAAACAACCUGAGGUAUCUGGUGAAGUUUUUAGCUAAGCUGGCUCAGGAGAGCGAGGUGAACAAAAUGACUCCUAGCAACAUCGCCAUCGUCCUGGGACCCAACCUGCUCUGGGCCAAGACUGAGGGGAGUCUGGCCGAGAUGGCCGCAGCUACCUCUGUGCACGUGGUGGCCAUCAUAGAGCCCAUCAUCCAGCACGCCGACUGGUUCUUUCCUGAGGAUGUGGAGUUCAAUGUGUCCGGCAUGUUUGCGAUGCCCACGCCUGCAUCCAACCACAACAAUCACCUGGAUUAUGACUGCAGCACCAUCGAGAGGAAGCGGCCUGGCAGUAUGGUGGGACCAGAGAGCGACGCAUCGCGCAAAGACAACACCCCUAACAAGCACUCGGACCACACCCUCCGUAGAGGCAGUAACACCUUAGGUAGAAAGCAGCACACUUCACCUGCCUUCCAGCCUCCUUUACCCCCCGUGGAGGCUGCGGGGCAGCAGGGGCACGGGGCCGGGCAGGUCUCCCAGGCCUUGGCCGAGCCCCAGCCCCAGCCGCAAGCUCCACCGGGGGGGUCAGGGCUUGACAGCUCCCAGCAAAGCUUGGCGCAGGGUCUCGCUGCUCUCGCAGCCGCUCAGCAGCUUCUAGCCCAGCACACAGAAGAGCUCAGCAACCCAAAGCUACGUGACUCCACACCUGCCCAGACCCCUCUGCUCCAGAGGAAUGGCUCUGGAGGAGGAGGGGGUCAGGCUGCAGGGCAGCUGGGCACUGGGACCCCCGGGGCUGGACCCAUGGGGCCAAGUCCGCAUAUGAUGCGCAGAGGUACCAAGAAGCAGGCUCCGGCCCCUCCCAAACCCACAAACCCUCCUCCCAGCCAGCCCUGCAAUUCAGUGAACCACACCACCACCUCCUCCUCCUCAGGCUCAUCCCAGUGCUUCAGCCCCACUCCCAGACCUCUGUCCAGCCACUCGCCCACCUCUCCCACCUCCCCCAACUUACAGCCAUGCACCACACCCAGGCGCCACUCCAGCAACCAGCCCCCAAUCCACGCGCCCAGCCACCCUCCUCCGGAGCCCCCUACACAGGCCAGCCCACCCCCUCAGCAGGCGUCGCCCGGCGGGGAACAGCAGAGUGCGGACCCUUCACCCCCGGACACCCCGACACCUCCGGACACCCCUCCGCCUUCCGCCACCACCCACGACGGCCCCGGGGCUGUCGCUCCUCCGUCCCCGGCUCCCUACCAGACAGGCUCUCUUCCCCGGCCGCGACCCGUCCCCAAACCCAGGAACAGACCCAACGUCCCACCACCACCACAGCCCACCACACUGACGGGCGACACCAACGGGAUCUGUGCCACUGCUUACAAGAUGAUGGACCCAGCGAUGUCUUUCAAAGGGCUGAGUCGAGCUUUGGUCCCUGAGUUCGCUGUAGACCAGCAGCCAGCCUCCUCCCUGCCUCUCAGAGACUGUGACCUGGACACUGAAAGCACCGUCCUAUAAAGCAGGAGACGAUGACACGCUUUGGUCUCGCACAUACACACACAUACCCCCCCCCCCACCCCACACCCUCUCACACGCAUCUCCUCUCAUCAUCUACACACACAUAAUUUAGCCUCCUCUUGUAGCGUAACAUCCCUCCUCAGAAAGUCUGCUGUUAUCCUCUCUCAGUCCUCCCUGUGUGAUGGACCUUAAUGUGACAUAAUGCACCUUCUGGCAGCCAUGAUGGAGUUCUACAGCUCAUUUACAUUCUUACUAGAGUUGCAGCUAACAAUUAUUUUCAUUAUCAAUAAAUCUGCUGAUAAAUUUUUCAAUCAAUCUAUCAAUUUUGUCUAUAAAAUAUAAAAGGAUAUGGAUAUAUUCAGUUUGCUGUCAUGUAAUUCUCACAUUUGAGAAGCUAGAUGCAGAUUUGUGGCAUUUGUGCUUACAUCAUCCACAAAACAAUCAUUCAGUUAUUCAGAUAGUUGCAGAUUAAUUAUCUGUCGAUCAACUAAUCGACUAAUCGUUGCAGCUUUACAUUUUAAUGUAUUUAAAGCAUUUACCAGUGUUUGUAACAGCAUCAUACAUCAAUCACUUUCCAUAAUUACACACGCAAGUUAGUUGGAUAUCAAAGUUAUAAACACGUACCUUUACAUUUAAAGUAUAUAUCAUGUAACUUGAAGCUGAAACUUGUCUAUUAAUAGAUUAGUCGAUUGAUAGAUGAUUAACUGGCAUUAAUUUCGAUCACUCGAGACAAUAUGAGUUAGCUCAACACAUUAGCACGUGAAUUGAUAGUGAGAAUAAUACAUAGUAGCAGCCUGAGUCACAGUACAGAUGAUAGCUGCCUUUUUCUAUGUUGCAGUUAUCUCAAUUCAGAAGCAUAUCAUCAUAUUGGGCCUCUCGCUUUGACUCGUAGUGUAACUGCACCGACCUCCACCCACAACGCUACAGCCUCCUGCAGGUAGUGCUCAUCUCCAGCCGAGCCGCUAAAGCUUGUCAUUAGCCAUUAUUUACUGACUGGAGAGUGCCUUUGACCUCCACUAUGGCGCCGGAUGUCGCUUGCGAGGAGGAUUGUGAACACCACUGCAAAGCCUCUAUACUGCAAUACACACACACACACACACACAUAUACAUACACCACCUCUUUCUUUAGACUGUAGCUCCUGCAGAACAAGCUCCAGACAAUCAGCAGAGUCUGAGGAAGGAAGCGUUCAAACGACAACCGACAGUCAACCGUGUUAACGAUGAUGCAACAGCUGGAUGCUGUUACGGAGGAAGGCCACAUGGACUUUGGGGAAGGGGGAAGGGGGGUGUCAGAGGAAAUGCCAAAAUACGGACUUCUGAGACUCGUUUGGAAUUUGGUGUGAGGUGUUUUUGUAUUUUUUAAUGUUGAAAAUGGCCUUAGAACAAUAAAAGAAGAGGAAGGAGAGGUAUUUCUACAGCACAGGAGGGGGAAGGGAAGAGGUCAGCAGGUGAAGUAGAAACCAAAACUGUUUAAGUGUAGCUGGUGACUGCAGGUUUCCAGUCGUCUCAAACACUUUUCUUUUUUUUUUUUUUUUUUUUAAAUGUGUAUGAAAACCCACCCUCCCAUAUCCCCUUUUUUUUUCUCGCUCUUGUAUUUAUUUACCGAGUUAAAAAAAACACACACAUUCCCUGUGGCUUGACGUAAUUAAUGCAGUCUUUAAAUGUAAAUCAUGCCUUAUCGGUUCCCCCCAGAACCACGUCAUAAGAAUUCAAGCAUUUAUAUAUUUACUGUAUGGAGGAUAUACUUGGCUCCUAGCACCGCAGUAUUUCCAAGAAGCCGUCUUGGUGACAAGUAUGUUUCAGGGAUGUAAGGAAGGUGAUUUUUGACCCUCUGCAAUAGAAGUCGUGUAUGGUUCUGUAUCGUUACAGCAAAAAAAAGAAAAAAGUCUAUUUAAAAUGUGUUUCUUUUUUUUCUUUUUUUUUGUGGUUGAUUUUUGGAAGCUGAAGUAGCAGGAGGUUAGCUGCCCUCCCAGCCUGAAUGCAGUCAGUAUUUUUUAUUGCCUUUCUGUUUCUCCCAUCUGUCUGUGUUUUCUCUGGUGUUUACCGGCGCAUUACACACAACAGGCUGCGUGUGAGUGAAUGUAGUGAAGACUUCUUUGUUUUUUUUUUAUUAUUAAAGAAGUGCUUAACCAGCCUCUUCACCCGGGACAGAGAGACGCAUAAACAGCUGAUGUUGCACUUAAGCGCAGGCCAAACUCAAUGAGUGGUUUCCUAGUGAACUGGUUUUGAGGGUUUUUUUUCCUUUUUUUUUUUUUUUCUUUUCGUCAGUCUUUCCCACUGAGCUGAGAGCACACGGCGCUGUGGAGCCUCAGUAGUGAUGUGGUGUUAGAUUUUGCCAGGUCAAAAGAUUUUUUUAAUUUUUUUUUUUUUUCAAAUGGCUUUGUUGUAUUUUCUGUGUAAGCUUUGCUUGUUGGCCUCAAAUAUAAUGCAGAGUUUGGUUCCCAGAGAACUGAUUCGAUAUGGUACCAAUGGAGAAAGUCUUGGAUGCCGCAAUUGCCCUGAAAACAGGUUUCAUUCAGUUUUUCAGUGACAAUCAAGCAUUAAUAAUCCCCUCCUUGCUCUCUUUGCUCCUGUACCUCGCUGCCUUAUCCCUCGGCAUCAAGACGAACAAAUGCCAUUAAACUAGAAGUGAUAAUGCUGCAUUUUUAAGCUCCAUAGUUUUGUAUGUAUGCCGUCUGGUGAGCUUAAAUACAGAAUAAAAACAUGUAAUAUGAAUGCUUGGAUAUACCCCCUUUCCAAAGAAAAUAAAGUAUAUGAAGAAACUA